CAGUAACGAUUGCGUUUUGAUCGCGAUAACACGUAUCGUGUGAUAAAAAUAUAGUAAUAUGUAAACUUAAACACAUUGUUUUCUUAGUGAAAUAUGUCGUAAAACAUUUCAAAAUGUCCGGAUUAACGUUCGCUGUGUCUGUGCUUGUGUCGUUUUUGUGUAAUAUAGUUUGUGGCGAUAUUAUAAGCGAACAUCAUCACGUUCAUUGUACUCAUGAACACCCCAAGGAAGACCAAGUAAUCCGAGGAGUGCACAUUGAGCCAGCGCAUAUAGUCAAAAAGCGGAGUAUAGACCAGCCUUUAAGAAUUAGUAUAGUUUAUGACCAUUCAGUAUAUAGGUUAGAUCCGCAGAAGUUCUUCAUGAUUAAUAACACUAUCCUGCCGGAAGCGGUCAAGUUUUGGGAGCAAGCUCUCAAAGUGAGGAAGACCGGAGGACCAAUCAGAUUGAAUAGGAAAUGUCCGACGAGGCAAGUAUUUGUGCGUGGUGGCAUAUCACAUUGUAUAGAGGAGUGCAAUGCUGAUACCAUGUGCGGGGAGGUCAGAGUCCCCGAGGAGCAUUUAAAUGCGUGUCACGUUUGCAACAGCACCGGCCAUAACUGCAGGGUGCUGCCACGGCUGCGAACGAAGAUCGUAGAAGACGAUAUGACAACGGAAAUCAACGGGAAUGCACUGAACGACGGCAUCGAGACUACAGCGAUGCCUGAAGAAGAAAUACUGGACGAGGUGCCCAAAGGGGUGGAAAACACCGAUUUUGUGCUGUACGUGAGUGCUGUCGAAACGGAACGGUGUAGACGAGGCCUUACCGUCGCCUACGCAUCGCAUUGUCAGCAGGAAGCUGCUUUAGACAGACCAGUAGCGGGACACGCCAACUUCUGCCCCGGCGAGUUGUCUACCAAAGACCGCGACCUCCCCUCCGUACUGUCGACGGUAAAGCACGAAAUGUUGCACGCUCUGGGUUUCAGCGUGUCUUUAUUUGCGUUUUACAGAGAUGACAAUGGUGACCCUUUGACUGAAAGGCGGUCUGAUACCGGAAACCCACCUUUAGAUGAAGAGUUACAGAUCCACAGAUGGUCAGACAAGGUGGUGAAGAACAUCUAUAGGAAAGACUGGAUGAUCAGGGGAGGGUAUACUGAGAGGAAAUUUCAUAUGAUUGUAACUCCACGCGUGGUUAAGGAGGUUCGGGAGCAUUUCAACUGUUCGUCUUUGGAAGGUGCCGAAUUGGAAGACCAGGGAGGGGACGGAACAGCUCUCACACAUUGGGAGAAGAGAGUUUUUGAGAACGAAGCAAUGACGGGCACACACACUCAGAACUCAGUAUUCAGCAGAAUAACCCUAGCCAUGAUGGAGGACACAGGCUGGUACCGUGCGGACUACAGCCACGCAGCACCCCUUGAUUGGGGAAGGGGGUUAGGGUGCCGUUUCGCUAUGAAAUCCUGCAAGGAAUGGCUAAACACACAAAGGUUGAGCAGCGGACCUGAUGAUUUAGCAGAACGGAAAAACCCCGCGCCAUUUUGCGAGCGUAUAAAAGGGAAUCCCUUGCGGACAGAAUGCUCGUCGCGGCGUGAUGCUGUGGUUCUCUGCAAUCUCGUCAGACAUGACACUAUACUGCCAAGAGCGUAUCAGCACUUCGACAUCCUCCCAAACGUGCCUCCAGGCGACGAGGCGCACUACGGGGGCUCCGUCUCGUUGGCUGACUACUGCCCUUAUUUGCAAGAGUUCACGUGGAAACACAAGAGCGUCUUAGUUAGAGGGAGUCGCUGUUCUUAUGAAGAAAAUACGCCAAAGACUGAUGUUAAUUUCGCAUUAGAAAAUUACGGUCCGCAUUCAAAAUGUUUCGAACACAGCGACAAGGUUUGGGAACAGAAGUCUUGUCGGCAGAUUCGAGAAUGGCAACACUGGGGCUCUGGUUGCUACAAAUAUAAAUGCGAGAGUGGACGACUCCAUAUUGUUGUUGGCAACUAUUCGUACACAUGUUUUCACGCGGGGCAAGUAUUACAAAUACGCAUAAAAAAGAAGGGCUGGUUACAUAAGGGGGGCGUGGUAUGUCCGCCUUGCCGGGAACUCUGUGCUGACGAAUUCGCCUCUAGAGGAGAAUACUGCAAAGGUGGCGAAGAAGCGAUGCCGCCUAACCUCUACGCCAACGAUUAUUUACACUGUGGAGCAGUGACAAUUACGCCGUCCGCCAUCUUGUUCACGGCAGCCAUCUUGUGGCUGCUCAAAUCGUACUGAGUAUUUUAAUUAUUUAAGACGCAAAAUAUGUAGCAAAAGCCUUGUUCGAUCCACGAAGGUUGUGUUACUAAGCCUGUAGGUUUUAUUAAUCAGAUUCUCGGCAAAGAUAGUUUUAAAAAAAAAAACAUUUUUAGAUGGCAACCAACACGUCUUAUUGAAAUGGUGUUGCCACUUUCAUUGAAUUACCUAA